CUGGGAUAGGCUCCAGCAUAUCCCUGCAACCCUAGUGAGGAAAAGUGGCAUAGAAAAUGGAUGGAUGGAUGGAGUUCGUCCUAUAACGCCUUCCUGUGUGCUGCAGUGUAAAUCUUAGUUACGUAGCGGAUGAACAGAACAAAGAGAAAGUAGGGUGUCAUGGUGUUUUAAGACUUUGUUCAGCAUUACGUGUGACAUUUAAGUUGUGUUUGAUGUUCCAAGGGGCCCAAGACAAAAUGAUGUCUAUAACCCGAUGCUGUGUUCUAUUGCUGUGGAUGCAUACGCUGCCCUUCAUCAAAUGUCAAGAAUGUACCCGUGACGAUUUUGUAAACGGUCCCCUGUAUGACUCGAAUUUUGACACGACAAGUUUGGAAGUCACUUACCCAAGUGGGCAGCAAUUGAGAGUGGCCUGCGCUGUCGGCUAUAGUGGAUUUUUCAAACUCCUCUGUGUUAAUGGAAAAUGGCAGUCUCGUGGUACUAAAUGUCAACCAAGACCAUGUGGUCACCCUGGUGAGGCCCAGUUUGCAGAUUUUCAUCUGGAGCAAGGCAAUGAUUUUGUCUUUGGCUCACAAGUCAAGUACACCUGCCACAAAGGUUAUCAGAUGGUCAGUCGGAUAGACUACAGACGUUGCAUGGUGGAAGGAUGGAGUGGUAUUAUUCCCGUCUGUGAAGCGAUACAGUGCCCAGUGAUCAAUGUGGACAACAAUGUCAAAGUGACUGGGGACACAGAAGAAGCAAACUUUGGCAAUGUGCUGCAAUUCAGCUGCAAGAAAAGCAAUGAAAUCCUGGUUGGGUCAUCAGAGAUGUCCUGCGAUGAAAACGGAGAGUGGAGCAGCAGUCCUCCAAAAUGUGAAGAGAUAAAAUGCACAGUGCCAUUGAUUGAGAACGGUUUUGUGCCUGGAAAUACCAAUGAUUACAACGAGCACGAGAUACUGUCUUACCAGUGUAAUCCAAAAUAUAACCAGGCUGAAGGCAGACCUUCAAAAUGCACAAAAGUCGGCAUCAGAGCCGAGUGGAGCCCCGCACCCUCAUGCGAACUUAUAAAAUGCAAAGUGACACUGCCAACCAUCGAUGGAACCAGCUAUGAACCUGCUUUCAAAAGUUUAUUUAUACCUGGUGAAACAAUAAAUGUCACAUGUGGACAAAACUACUGGAUAUCGAACACUCAGCAGACUUCAGCAGUAUCGAGCUGCCAAGACAACGGAAAAUGGACCAUUAGACCCAUAUGCCAGGAGGUUACGUGCAGAAACAAUAGAGACCCAACCGUAUCGUACUGGAACGUCUACUGGGGGCAGAGAAUAAGGCUGGGUACUUCUGUUAAUUAUGUGUGUAAGUCAGGAUACAGACACACAAAUGGAGCGACCAUGGUCACAUGCACCAGGGAUGGAUGGACACCAAAUCCACCCUGUCAAGAAAUAACGUGUGACACUAAGGAUAUCCUGAAUGCAAACAUUUUUGAUGACAGCAAGGAGAUAUACAAAGAGUAUGAAAGGGCCAAUUUUGUCUGCAAGGGUUCUCAAGAAAGUUUUACUCUCACCUGUAGAGAAAAUGGUUGGCAGGGUUAUGGGCCUUGUACAGCACAAACAUGUGAGGAGCUUGACCUCAACGCUGCAGAUAUUGUGCGCAAUAAGAAGGACUUUUACAACCACGGUGAGCGUGUCCGGUAUGCAUGUAAAAACGAUGCCGACCGACAGUUCACAGUUACCUGUGAAUUUGGCUUGUGGACUGGGAUUCAGAACUGUUCAGCUUGUCUAAAACCUGAUGUUCCCCAUGGCUUCACUGUUGCCCCAUCACAUGGCAUGCUCUACUACACGUGCAACGAAGGUUACAAACUUCCCACUAAAGGGUGGUGGGGUGAAGCAAAAUGCAUUAAUGGCCUGUGGAUUGGACUGGAACAAUGUGUGGAUAAAAAUAAGUGUGGAGAAAUACCUGUGAUUGCUCAUGCAAAAGUCAAGCUGCAAAGGAAUGGAAAUGGACAAGACCAGAGCCUCCAGAUUAUUUGUAAGAGCGGUUACCAAAGUCAGCUAGCCCACCUUUUGUGCAUAAAAGGCAAAUGGGAUUCAAAUGGACUACCGCUCAACACAAUCUGCUCUCCUGUGGCUGAGACCUGCAGUCCACCCCCUAAAGUGGAGAAUGCCGUCAUUUUGACAUCAUUUCAGAGAGAAUACUUGUCAGACUCGAAAGUAACUUUUAAGUGCCGUGACAACUAUAUGAUAGAAGGAGAAGACACAAUCACAUGCCAAAAUGGCAAAUGGGACAUGGCGGACAUAAAGUGUACAUCAUACUGCCCCAAGCCCCAAGAUGCUGACCAGACAAUGACCUUCACUACGGAUAAAGACAAAUACAUGAACGGUGAUAUAAUACAAUAUCGCUGUAUCCAAACAGCUGGAAAAAUUGGGGGUUUUGCAACAUGCGUAAAUGGCAAGUGGAGUCAACCAAUUGAAUGUGGAGGGUGUCUGACGCUUCCAGAUGUUCCUCACGGCCAUGUGUCAGAGGAGACCGAAAAGACCGAGUAUCAACAAGGAGAUAUAAUACAUUUCACUUGCGAAACUGGUUACACGUCGGGAAUCACCAUCAGAUACAUGUGUUCAAAUGAAGGCUGGGUGGAAGUCAGACGAGGAAGUUGCGCCUUGAAGCCAUGUCCACUUCCUGAAAACACUCCAAAUGGCCAUUUUCAACUGAUCCAUGGUGACGACUUUGUUUUUGGGGCAACUAUCAAAUACUUGUGCAAUGAGGGCUAUCAAAUGGUGAGUAAGACCGACACCAGGACUUGUUUGCUGGACAAAUGGACCAACCAUGUGCCAAUAUGUGAACCUUUGCUAUGUGAUCCCCCGCCCACGCAUGGAGGGAUCACAGUCAAAGGCUUACCAGAAAAUGAAGAUGGCAUCCUUCCCGACCGCUUCCUUACAUUCAGUUGUGACAGUCCUGGAAAGCAACUGAAUGGUAAUUCAUUGUUAAUAUGUGGUAAAGAUGGACUUUGGGAUAAGCCGUUCCCCACUUGUGAAGACAUUGCUUGUAAAGCUGGAGCGACACAACCUCAUCUUAGUGUAGACAAUCUGCCACCGGGGAAUCAAACAAUACGAACCGGACACAAAUUAAGGUUUCGCUGCAGCGAUGACUAUGCUUUGGAUGGACCAGAAGAAAUCGAAUGCUUACCAACUGGGGAAUGGAACUUCCCUUCCCCAACCUGCUCCGAACCAUGCCAGGUCACAAGUAUACCUGGUAAUGUACGCCUCACCACUCAUCUACGUGGCACACAAGCAAGAAAAGGGCAAAAAUUGAGGUUUUAUUGCCGCCUACGUGGAGAAAUGCUUCACGGGAAAGAAGAGGUUGAAUGUUUACCAAAUGGGCUGUGGAGCGACCCCUUUCCAACAUGUGGAGCUCCUUUGGAAUGUCAGCACCCCCCUUACCUUUCAGGAGGAGACACCAAGUAUUCCACAAAACUGGCUUACGCGCACAAUGAAAGGGUUGAAUACACAUGCCAGAAUUACUACGUAAUGGAGGGUGAGCCUUACAAAACCUGCAAAAAUGGUCAGUGGAUGGGCCAGAUGAAAUGCCUCAAGCCCUGCACUGUGAAUAGAGAACUCAUGAGCAAGCAUAACGUAGUAUUCAGAUACAGACGGGAUGAUAAGCUGUACUCGGCCCAUAAUGAUAUCAUCGAGUUCUGGUGCGCACGAGGAACAAGACAUGACGGCGUACUGAGUAUGCGGCAGAAGUGUGUUGACGGAAUGAUGGACCUGCCCACUUGCCAAUAGCAGCUGUACACUCUGUCACCAACUGCUAAAAUAAUGAACAAAAAAGUAAUCAAGCGUUGUCUAGUAUGCGUCACUGAUUUGUGUGGUCAAGUUCAAUAAAACAAGUUCUCUCUGUU